AUGUCUAUAGACAUAAAUUUGAGGGUGACCCAGCAUGUCUGGCAGCAUGAACAUCCACAUCAGCAUCACAAGAGCAAACCUAAGCGCAUCAUGAAAAUUACUGCUCUCGCUUCUGCCAUUCUCGCUGUUGCUCAGGGUGCUCUGGCUCUUCCAGCAAGAGCCCCAGCUCUUGAUAUCACCCUGAGCCAGGUCAACAACACCCGGAUUAAGGCCGUGGUCAAGAACAGUGGCACUGAGAAAAUCACUUUUGUUCACCUCAACUUCUUCAACGAUCCUAGCCCUGUUAAGAAGGUUUCCCUCUACCGCAAUGCCACCGAGGUUGAGUUCACUGGGAUCAAGCAGCGCCUCCGCAGUGAUGGCCUCUCCAACGACGCCCUGACCACCCUCGCACCCGGCGCCACCUACGAAGACGAAUUUGACAUCGCCAGCACCGCCAAUCUCACCCAAGGCGGUCCCGUCACUGUCCGCACACAGGGCUUCGUCCCCAUCGCUAUGAAUAACAAGAUCGCUGGCUACAUCCCUUAUUCCUCGAACGAGCUCGAACUCGAGGUCGAUGCCGAGAAGGCUGUCGCUGUGCCCGCGAGCAUCAAGCCCCUCGAUCGCCGCACAAAGAUCACCUCGUCCUGCACUGGCAACCGUGCUACAGUCCUUAACACAGCCCUCCGUAACGCCGCCUCAAUCGCCAGUAAAGCCGCCGAUGCCGCGUCGUCGGGCUCCUCCGCGCUCUUCACCGAAUACUUUAAGUCAACCUCCGGCAACAUCCGCAGCGCCGUCGCCGCGCGCCUCAAAGCUGUCGCCAGCGAGGCCUCAAUGAACGGGGGUGGCUCAACUACCUAUUACUGCUCCGACCCCUAUGGGUAUUGCGACUCCAACGUUCUCGCCUACACUCUCCCCUCGACCAACGAGGUCGUCAACUGCGAGCUUUUCUACACGCUCCAAGAGGUGACAAAUGACUGCCACGGCCAGGACCAGGCCACCACCAUCAUCCAUGAGUUUACUCAUGCUCCUGGUGUAUACCCGCCUGGCACGGAGGAUCUGGGCUAUGGAUACAGCGCUGCUACGGCAUUGAGUACUAGCAAUGCGCUAAACAAUGCGGAUUCAUAUGCACUUUUUGCUAAUGCCGUAUACCUCAACUGUCAGGGGCAGACAGGGGGGCAGACAACGUGGGAUGGCUAUUCUCAGCCGGGACAGACAGAGCCUGGCACACAGACAAUGUGGGAUGGCUAUUCUCAGCCGGGACAGACAGAGCCUGGCACACAGACAAUGUGGGAUGGCUAUUCUCAGCCGGGACAGACAGAGCCUGGCACACAGACAACAUGGGAUGGCUAUUCUCAGCCGGGACAGAUAGAGCCAUGUACACAGACAAUGUGGGAUGGAGGCUCUGAGCCAGGACAGACAGAGCCAGAUGCGCAGACAAUGUGGGAUAACUUUUAUCAAGCAUAA